AUGCCCAGCGGUAUCCCCACCCGACGCGCCCCCCGUCUCGCCGACGAGAACGCCCCCGUCCCCACCGCCCCCACCACCCGUACACGCACCAAAGCUGCCAUCUCCUCUACCACCACCUCGCACGCUGUCAAACCCACCACCUCCAUCCCCGUCAUCAAACGUACCCGCUCCACCGCUACCGCCUCCACCCAAGGCAAGGAGGCUGAGAAUGCCAAGCCUGCUCCUGCCGAGAGGCGUAUGCUGGGCGAGGUCCGGAACGGAAAGGGUGCGGUGGAGAAGAAGGAUGUGGGGGUAGGGAAGGAUGGGAAGAAGGGUGUGAGGGAGGAUAGGAAGCCGCUCGCUACGACUCUCCAAGUCCAGCGCCCGACGCGCGCUGCGAGUGCCCAGCCGGCCGUAGCAGGCGAUCGCGACCGCGUGACGGGUAAACGCAAGGCGCCUGUCGUCAGCAGCAAGAUCACCGGCCGUGCGCGCUCUACUGGUGCCGAGCCCCUCCAAGACGCGCGCACGAGGACUAUCGUCAAGGUCGAGCAGAAGCCGAUAGUGGAGGAUGAAGAGCCGCGGGCAAAGCGGAGAAAGACGUCGUCCCCUGUUUUGCAAGAGGUGGACGAGGAGCGGUAUGAGGCGGAGGAUGAGGGGCCAAAGGUUGAGGGAAAAGAGGUGUUGUUGUCGAGUGGGAGCAAGAAUGCGGUGGGGUUGAGGUCGCCAAAGGCCAAGCCGAAGGAUCAUGGGUGGAUGGACCUCGAUGCGGAGGACGAGGGUGAUCCCACGAUGGUCAGCGAGUAUGUCGUCGAGGCUUUCCAAUACAUGAUGGACAUCCAACCUCAAACCAUGCCCCGCUCCGACUAUAUGGACAAUCAAGCAGAGCUCGAAUGGAAAAUGCGCCAAAUCCUCAUGGACUGGAUCAUCGAGGUCCACUCCAAAUUCCGUCUCUUGCCCGAAACCCUCUUUAUCGCGACCAACCUCGUCGACCGCUUCCUCUCCAAACGCGUCAUCUCGCUCGUCAAAUUCCAGCUUGUCGGCUUGACCGCCCUCUUUAUCGCGAGCAAGUAUGAAGAGGUGUGUUGCCCGGGGGUGGAACACUUUUUGAAAAUGUCGGAUGGGGGGUAUACGUUGGAAGAGUUGUUGAAGGCGGAGAGGUAUAUGCUGUCCACCUUGUCUUUUGACUUGUCGUACCCCAACCCUUUGAACUUUAUUAGAAGGAUCUCGAAAGCGGAUGGGUAUGAUAUUCAGACGAGGACCGUCGCCAAGUAUCUCGUCGAGAUCAGUUGCGUCGACGAGGCAAUGUUGGAGUAUGAGCCGAGCAUGUUGGCGGCUGCUAGUAUGUGGCUCGGGAGACUUUGUUUGGAGAGGGGUACUUGGGGACCGAACCUUGUGCAUUACUCGACAUAUUCGGAGCAAGAGAUCCUUCCUUGUGCGCAGGCUAUGCUGAACUAUAUCCUCGACCCAGAGUUCAGCGAGUCUACCACUUUUUACAAAAAGUACGCGAGCAAGAAACACAUGAAAGCCUCCGUCUACGUCCGUACCUGGGCCGUCAACCUGUGGCCAGAGUCGACGACUGGGGAGAGCGAUAUACAGGGGAGAGAGUUGGAGGUGUUGAUUAGGGAGGAGAGGGAGAGGAGUGGGAGUGGGAGUGGGAGUGGGAGUGAGAGGAGUAGUUUGUGA